AUGCCGGCCGCGCCGAGCCUGGGAGGGCUCCCGAGGCGCUUCUUGCGUGGGCACGGGUGUCUGGGAGGUGGGGCUGUACCAUUUCGGUUGGGAUCUGCCUCACUUUCUCCACUGGAUGAAAACAAGUCAUCCAUAGAGUAUGAUGGUGAACGCAAUUCAGAAGGUGAGCGACAUGGACGUGGAAAAGCACGUCUACCCAAUGGUGAUACAUAUGAUGGAGAAUAUGAACAUGGUUUCAGAAGUGGACAAGGGACCUACAGAUUUAGAAAUGGUGCUCGCUACACUGGAGAGUAUCUUCAAAACAAGAAGCAUGGCCAGGGUAUUUUUUUUUAUCCAGAUGGAUCGAAAUAUGAAGGAGAUUGGGUGAAUGACCAGCGACAUGGCUACGGAAAGUAUACAUAUGCAAAUGGAGACACCUAUACUGGAGAAUGGCUUAACCACACUAGGCACGGGCAAGGUACAUAUGUCUAUAAAGACACAGGAUCUAAGUAUGUUGGUGGUUGGGUAAAUGGAAACCAGGAAGGAGAAGCUGAACUUAUCAACCUAAACCAUAGAUUUAAGGGCAAGUUUUUGAAUGGAAAUCCUGUAGGUCGUGGCAAAUAUGUCUUUGACAUUGGAUGUGAACAGCAUGGUGAAUACAUACAAUCAGAGCAGGAUAAAGGAGAGGGAGAAGAAGAGGAGGAACCCUCAUUAGUUGUUGCACCAAAAUGGAAAGCAUCAGAAAUUACCAAAUUAACACUCUGGACUCCCCAUGGGGAAAACCCAUCUUCUCCUAGAGAAGCCUCCACAGUAGCGGCAGCAGAAGCAGUGGAAGAAAGAGGAGCAGCAGCAGCAACUGAAGAGAAAAUGCCAUCAAUUGUAGUCACUGAUGAGUCUGCUGAGGGUAGGGAUGAUGAGCCAUCUCUUCAUGAAGUAUCCAGUGAAGUUUUUAGCCCAGCAAGGGAUGCAGGAGAGGAAGAUGAGGGAAGCAGAGAGGAAGAAGAAAACAAAGAUCAGGAGGAUCAAGGAGCUACUAGUUUAGAGGAUAAGGAGGAUGAAUCAAAGGAAGCAGAGUAA